UUCCUUUUCUCAUCACUAGAGGGCGGUAUGGCGACUACAAAGGUUGCCAACAGCCCUCAAAAACGGAGAAGAAGCAGGCGCAGCGGCGCUGGAAGCAGGAAGUUAAACCACAACAACGUAGUCUGUUUCAGGAGAAAUAUAUGGCUUUCAUCUUCCCUGUGCUUUUUCCUUAAGUGAGCUCUGUGUGUGAAACCUUUGGACACACCUGGCACCUUAUUCUACUGAGCAGCACUAUGGAGGAGACUAGCAGGGAGGCAGUGGCCACUGCAGUGCAGCGUGUGGCAGGGAUGCUGCAGAGGUCAGACCAGCUGGAUAAAGUGGAGCAAUACAGAAGAAGAGAGGCCCGUAAAAAGGCUUCUGUGGAAGCCAGGCUCAAGGCAGCAAUUCAGUCCCAGCUGGAUGGCGUCCGCACUGGACUGACCCAGCUGCACAGCGCCCUGCUAGAUGUCAAAGACAUCCAGAGCUCCCUGGCUGAUGUGAGUAAAGACUGGAGGCAGAGCAUCAACACCAUAGAGAACCUAAAAGAUGUCAAAGACGCUGUAGUUCAACACAGUCAGCUGGCCGCUGCUGUGGAGAACCUAAAAAACAUCUUCUCUGUACCAGAGAUAGUGGCAGAGACACAGCAGCUGAUAGAGCAGGCAGAGCUGCUGCAGGCCCACAGGAAGCUGAUGGAGCUGGAGUGUUCACGGGAUGACCUCAUGUAUGAGCAGUACCGUAUGGACAGCAAGAACACCAGUGACAUGCAUCUCAUCUCCAUCUACUUUGAGGAUGUUCAGGGACUGUCAGAUGAGCUGGCUAAACAAUUAUGGAUGGUACUGCAGAGGUCCAUGGUAACAGUGCGUCGUGACCCCACCAUGCUGGUGUCAGUCGUUCGUAUCAUUGAGCGGGAGGAGAAGAUCGAUCGACGUAUGGUUGACCGGAAGAAGCAGACUGGGUUCAUCCCACCUGGGCGGCCCAAACGGUGGAAGGACAAGAUGUUUGAGGUGCUGGAGGGGACGGUCAGCACCCGCAUUGAGGGCACCCAGGCAGUGACGAGAGAGGCUGAUAAAAUGUGGCUGGUUCGUCUGCUAGAAAUAACCAGGAAAUAUGUUCUGGAUGAUCUGAUUGUUGUCAAAAAUCUCAUGGUGCAGUGCUUCCCCCCGCACUACAACACGUUCAACAGGUUUUUCAGUCUUUACCACAACGCUGUAUCCACUCGUGUCAAAGAACUGGCCUCUGAGGACUUGGAGGCUAAUGAGAUUGUGUCCCUGCUCACCUGGGUUCUCAACACAUAUAAGAGUGUGGAGAUGAUGGGCCAUCCAGAGCUCUGUUCAGAGUGUGACAUCCACCAGCUGGAGCCUUUGCUACCUCCAGAGGUGGUGAAUGACCUGCUCAGUAAAUAUGUUAAGACCUUCACAUCUAAUAUAACAGGCUGGCUGCGCAAGGCCCUGGAAACAGACAAAAAAGACUGGCAGAAAGACACCGAGCCUGAGGCUGACCAGGACGGAUACUACCAGACCACACUGCCUGCCAUCGUCUUCCAGAUGUUUGAGCAGAAUCUACAGGUUGCUGCACAGAUCGAUGGAGAUUUCAAAGAAAAGGUUUUGAAGCUUUGCCUGAAACAAAUGAACACUUUCCUCAUCAGGUACAGGGAGGAGGCAGUGAUCUACAAAGAGGAGCACCUGAGAGACAGGCAGCUGCCUCAGUGUUAUGUACAGUACAUGAUAGCCAUCAUUAACAACUGCCAGACAUUCAAAGAGUCAGUCAACAGUCUGAAGAAGAAGUACUCUCAGUCAUCAGAGCCCACUGAAAGUGACGCUGCCAUCGAGAGGACACUCAAUGAGGUGGCCAAGGACGGUUGUCAGUUUCUUUUGGAUGAAGUUUUCCUUGACCUUGAGAAUCACCUGAAUGAGCUGCUGACCAGGAAGUGGCUUUCAGGCUCUCAUGCUGUGGACACCAUCUGUGUGACAGUGGAGGACUAUUUCAAUGACUUCAACAAAAUUAAGAAGCCCUUCAAUCAGGAGAUGACGAGCAAGGCCCUGCGCAGGGUGGUGGUGGAGUACAUUAAAGCCGUGAUGCAAAAGAGGAUCACCUUUAAAAACGCUGAUGAGAGGAAGGAGGGAGCUGAAAGGAUGAUGAAAGAAGCUGAGCAGUUCAAGUUCCUCUUCAAAAAACUGGCUGCAGGUGAAGACACAGACCUGCUUUGUGGUGCCAUCACUGCCAUUGCUGAAGUGUUCAAGCUGACUGACCCCACACUCUUAUUCCUGGAAGUCUCCACGCUGGUGUCCAAAUAUCCUGAUAUCAGGGAGGAGCACAUCCAGGCGCUGCUCGCCGUGCGCGGUGAUGCCAGCAGGGAAAUGCGGCAGAUGAUCAUCGGCACGCUCAGCGAGAACAAAGUCUCACACUCUGGUGCCACACAGUGCAUCUUCAAAGACAUCGCUGUGCCCACUAUGACCAUGACUACCAUGACCUCAAUGGCAACCUCAAAGCUGCUCAAAUGAAGCCAGUCACCGUUUGCAUCUGCAGCAGCUUCAGUCACAGCAGCGUAACAGAAGAUGCUUUGUUUUUCACUGGUUCUUGCUGUUUUCUGUGUUCACUCUUUUUGAUCUUUUACUCUCAUACUGAUCACAUGUCUGCUUCAACAAAAUAAUACAAUGUGUGCUGUAAAAAUGGACUGCACUGUUGCUUUAGAGGUACAAAGCAUCACAAGAUUUGGACCUCUUUAUUUUCAUCUUUUACCGAAUUUCUUGUCAGUGAUGUUUCUCACUUUAGCCGUUCUCUGACUCGUGCAGCGUUCAGUUAAUUCGCAAACAACUUCAUUAUCAGUUGAUGCUUCUAAUUACAUGUACAGACUGAGUUGGUGAACAGAAAUGUAACAAAAGCAGAAUACCUUACAGGAGAACUCAAGAGGUCCCAGGUUCACAGGAAGAACAACAGAAUCAAAAAAAGCUAAAUGAUUCAAGGCCUCCAGUAAUCGCUCGACACUUCCUGAGCUAAGAGUUCACUGUGGACAGGUCACCAAUCUGUUACAGAGCUAACACAGACACAGCUGUUAGGGGUGGCUGUAGUUCAGGAGGUGGAGGAGGUCACCUACUCAUCAGAAGGUUGGUGGAGGGGCUGGUGUACACAGAGACCAGUGGUUUGAAUCCAGGACCUUCUUGCUAUAAGGUGACAGUGCUGAUCACUAUCAUCCUGGCCAUGCUGUGGUGGAAUAUUUAGGCAAAGUGUACUUUUUGGCAUAAAAAUCUCAAAGAU